AAAAUUUUAAUUGUUUGCAAAUUAACAGUGGAGCUGGAAGAAGAAGACAAAUUGCAAAUCCUGUAACGUUGCUUUUGAAAAUUAAGAAACUUAACGUUUAAGAAGAUUUUGCAACCAGGGUUUAAGACACUUUACAUUAUUUCAAUUGUUCAAUUGAAAUAAUAUAAUAAUGAAAGCAUGUUCUAGUUAAAACCGCACCACCAGGGCGGAACAAAAGUAGGCUCGAAAUCUUCGCAAAAUCACGUUUUAAAUUAUAUUUAUUCCAGGUCGUAUAUGUUUGUUAGUCAAGAAAUCGUGAAUAUUCGUUUGCUUAUUCCAACAAUGCGUAAAAACUUUCAAAUGUUUAGAUCAAUACAGAAAGUGAGAAAACUGUAGUAGAACUAAUCGCUGGUGCCAGCAUUCGAAUUAAGCGUUGCAAGAAAAAAGCAUAAUGGCGCAUGUAGAGCAAAACAAAAUUGGAUGAAUUUAAGCAAAGAUUUAAAUGAUGUUUACUUAGUAAAUAGAUUUGAUAAAAAUGAUGAAAGGAACGUAUUUAUUAAUUUUCUUCAUCUUUUUUUCCCUUUCAAGAAUUCGUGGAGAAUAUGAUAACACAGAUUAUUAUGGUUUUCUCGUAGAAGAUGAAGCUUCAAAUAAGUUUUCUCAAACUAACAAUGGCGUGUUAUCACGUAAAGCGCUAGUGCCAGCCGCUAAUCAUCAUGGCGCUCUUAAACCAGCUCCACGUGGUAUGGGGAUGACUUUUCAACCUGUACAUAAACAACAGGGAGGUUUAUCCAUGGGUGUAGUGCAUUAUACACGGAACGAAAAUGCCAAUAAAAGACUGCACAUAGCACCAACUAUUAACUUGGCGCAAACUCUAAACACAUUAGACAAGAUUGGAAAAGCUAAUCGAAGAACAAUACACGAUGGAAAUGCUAACAAAAUGGCGCUUCGUCAAAAUAUCACAAACAAAGCACAGAAUAACUCUAUCACCCCUCAGAACAACGAAAGUUUGGCUUUACAUGCUAAGAUAGGGAAUGCAACGAACAUUUUAAAUUCAACAGAAUAUAAACUGUUGAACCGUUCAGAUGCCGAACGACAUAACAUAUCGCAAUCUUUACUAUCAGAUAAUUUAAAUACAACAGAAAUGGAUGCUGCCUCAAAUGUUACUAAAAAAGACGCUCGACCUAAUUUAUUAACAGACUCGCCUAUUAAAGGUUUUCUUGCUAAAGAUGUCAAUUUUACCAUACAUGAUGUAGGCAAACAAAACGAAGUGAAGAAUAAAGAAAGUGAACAUAAAAAUCAAAAGUUACUAACAUUAAAAGGUAGCCAAGAAGCUAAAAGCAAUGCACAUUUACAAAAUUCCACCACAAGUGAAGUCUUAACCAUGUCUUUAUUAAAACCUUCCAACGCAAGCGAAUUAGAAUUACAGCCAGCGAAACUUAUCAACACGACUUCUGCUGUUAAAUCAGAAGCGUUGAAAAGCAGUAGUUCUCUUGCAAAUGCUACGAAGAGAAAGGUUUUAUCUCUACGUAAAUCGUCUUCAAAAUUACAUCUUGUUAGUGCCGAUGAUUUUGUCAAGCUGAGGCCAACACAACCUAGAAAUACAAGUAUUGACAGCUCUGUCAGUGCGCUGAAGAAAGACAAAAUCGAUUCAGCUUGGAAAGAAGCAGAAUGCAACGAAGACAAGAAGUGUCCCAAAAAUAAAUACUGCCGCCAUUUUGCUUGUUAUGAAUGUCAUCGCAAACACCAUGAAUGCAUUGAGGACGAUCAGUGCUGCGACGAAAUGCCAUGUGUGUAUGGGCGAUGUGACGAGAAACCAAAGGGUAGCCCAGGAACCAUCUGCGACAAGGACGGCGACUGUGGUGAUGGUUGUUGUAUUAUCGAACCAACUAUUGAUGAAGAACAUGGCAUAUGCAAAAAUAAACUCGCUGAAUACCAUCAAUGCUCUCCGGUGCUUUUCAGAAAGGUUUGGGUUGGCGAUGAAAAACCGAAAUGCGGACCAUGUAAAGAUGGGUUUGAAUGUAUGGAGAAAGGGGUACUUGCAAGUCAUCUUGUCUGCAUGAAGAAGAAAGGAUAGAUGCACAACAUGACUGCUCUGAGUUGAUCCGCGUAUGUAGAGAGUGAUAGAUACAGACAAUGAUUGCUUCAAACUUUUCCAUGUACACAGAAGGUUG